CAAUUAAAAAAAAAACAAAAUGAGUAAAUCCGGCUUUUCCACCCUCAAUCGUUGGUUGGGCCGCAAAAACAAGGAAAAAUCCAUGCCAAAUGGCAAACUCUCCAAAUCUAGCACAAAUCUAUCCAUCUCCACAACAAAUAUCAAUGAAACUAGUCAACUGGAAUAUAAUCGGAUAACACCGUUGCCAGCUGCCACCACAAAUGCUCCUUUCGAGCAAACGUUUCGCAUAACCGUCUUGCUGCCCAAAGAUCAGUUGUAUGUGGCACGGUUGGGUGCCCGGGUACCUCUAAGUAAACUAUUGGAUUUGGUGUGCGAUAAUAAAUUGCUGGAUCCACAAAAAUAUGAAUUUCGUAAUCCAGUUGAUGCUAGUCAAGUCUACAGCUGCGAUCUGACCAUUGGCGCUGUUGGCCUUUCCGAAAUCCGCCUGUGUCACAAAUCCGAGUCAUACGAUAAUAAUAACUUCAACAGCGAGGAGAUUAUGAAGCUGCAGCGCACCAAUAUCAUACGUGAAUCGUUGUCCUCCUCCGAAUUUAGUGGUCGCAACUCGAAGCAUACAACAAAAACAACUAGUCCAUAUAGUUCGACAAAUUCACUGAACUCAAUGGAUUCAUCGGGUGUGCAUAGCACAAGGGGACCGACGGCACCAACAAUGUCCCGUAGCGCACAACAAACAAAAGUCGCCGCACCGCCACGUAAAAAACGUGCCGCACCCAAACCACCCAGUCAGGCGGCCAUACCGGAAAAGAGUCCAUUGAUUAUGGAGCAGAAUCAGCCACUAAAUGGAGAACGGAAAUCUUUGUCUGGCAAAGAUUUUUCCGUUUCGACACCAAAUUUAAGUCCCAACGGAAAUGCCGCUAUGUCCCUGGGUCACAGUGAUAUAAAUGGUAAUAAAUUUAAUGGACAUGUGAGUGAGGAAAAGGUCCUGGAGGAGGAGGAGGAGCACACCUCCAAUGGUUAUGCCGAAGACACGGUCCUUUAUGCCCAGGUCCAAAAGAAAAAUGCCUUGAAUUUGAAUUUAAAUGUUGAAAGUGCACCUGCUUCCAGCACACCCUCUCCCUUAACGGCUACCCCUAAUGGAAACCAUAAUCAAUUCCCCGAGCCCUCACCCCGUAAAAAGGUGGUCCCCCUGCCUCAGAAAAAGAAACCGGCAGCACCUGCGGCCCCUCCUUCCAGAGAUUCUAUGGAUGAGGAUAAUGAAUCGUUGGCUUCCAGUAAUGUUACCUCGGAACCACCCACUACCCCAGUGCCUAAACCAGCUGAGCGGGCAAUAAGCAGGGAGGAUCUAACCCUUGAUUUGCCAAAGCCACAACCACGUAUUACCACCUCCACCACGAUGUUGAAUACCCCCGAUGAAGAAGUGAUCGGCAGCAGCAAACCUCCCCGGCUGGGUAAUAAUGUAUCGAAGGUUAUGCUGAAUCGUACCCCCACCCCUGAGCCCCGUUCGCUGUCCUGUGAACCACCCGAUAUGGAUGUUUGCUAUGAAACCCAUUUGGAAAAUUUAAAACGGCCCAUUGAAGAUGAUAAUGUCUCGAAGCAGGCCGAUUCGGGUAUUGGCGAACCAAUACCCUCACCCAUACCCGAUAGCCUACCCUCAGAGGUGUCACAUUUAGAUGUCAAAUCGAAUUUUGAAUCCUCUUCCGAUGAUGAUGAUAUGGUGAAGGUCUACAAUUUUAAAUUGGGUAAGACUUUGGUGAAGCCACUCAAUGAGACCAAGACCCUGGAGGAAUUGACGCUGAUAAAUGCUGCCGGAAGUCAAGAUGAGACAGAUAGUGAGUUACUGACACCCCUCACGCAGGUGCCAUGUUCGGCCACACCCUCGGAGACAUCGUCAUGGAAUUUUGCCAUACCCAUAUCACCGCCACCAAAUUUUGCCGAUGGCAAACUGGCUGAGGAGGUAACUCCGGAGCAGGAAAAUCCCAUAACACCAAAGAUUGUGGAGCGCCCGGUAUUGAAUUUUGAAAUAUUGAAGAGAAAGGAUGAGGAGGAAGAAGAAGAAGAGGAGGGAAUGAAAAUGAAAUCGGAAGAUUUACCCAGUCCCAUCUCAACCCCCUUGGAUAAUAUUUUGGGUGAACUAACAGCUAUUAUACAGGAUAAGGCCUUGGAUACGCUGAUCAAGAAACCCGAAGAGGUUAAGGAAAUUGAAUCGGCCAAACCGAAUACCCUGAGUAAUUUUAGUAUCUCAGCUGGUGGGAACAUGAGCAGGACAGCCAAAGAAGUGCAACAACCACCCGACAGCCCUGAUUCCCCCACAAAUGCUCCCGAUGAGGAGAAACUCUACCGCAAGCGUAACAGUGUCACCAGCCUUAAGCAGAGACGUUCUGUAAAUCGUUCAGAUUCAUUUCACAGCACCGCCAUGGCCUCUUCCAGCUCCUCGGGGUUGGAGAAUAACGGUGCGGGUCAUAAUCUGAACAAGCGAACCUCUUCCCAAAUAUCCUUGGAUCAAAUUUCCGGUAAUCUAAAUCGUCGACGUUCCUCCAGUGAGCUAAGCAUUGGCGAAUCACCCUCCCUGCAGAGUCUGGAGGUCAUGAAGACCAUUUUGAAUUCACGUAAAAAUAGUUUGGCCCAAGAGCAAGAGCCGGAGGAAACCAUGGAGGUUUCUACGCGCCGGCCAUCAGAGGAAUUGAAAUUUGCCAGCCUGGAAUUGAAAACAAAAAUUGCCGCGGAAGAAAAAUCCGCGGAGCAGGAAAAAGAAAAGCAGAAACAACUGUGGCAGACCUCGAAGUCGGUGGAGGAAAAUUCCCAGGCCCCAGUGGAGGAGGUCAAAUUAGAACCAACCCCCUCCUCGGGGGAGACCAAAGCACCCAAAGAACUACCCAAAGUCUAUCGCUACUCCGGCCCGCCCAGCAUUAAUUUUGCCACAUGGAGUGAACGGCCCAAGGCCCAGGUGGCCAUUAAAAAUGAGGGUGACUAUAUAUUCGGUGGCAAAACGAAUGAAAAUAAAACCAUGCCACGUAGCCAAAAACAACAACAACAGGAGGUGGAGAAAGAGGAGGAGGAGGUCUCCAACAAAUUCGAUACCAUACAACGUAUGGGUAUCCCCGAACAGGAGUUUAAGGUACCCAUUUUAGUGAAACCCUUACCCGAUGUUAUUGUUGAUCGGAAUGAGGUUAUGGCGAAAUUGAAGGCCACAAAUGAAAUGGCAGCCUCGGCUAACCCUGCUACCAAGCCACCCACACCCACCAAGCCACCGACACCAACCAAAAACUUCAGCAUCAUCGCAAACGGCACCCCGACCCCCACACCCACCACCAGCAGCAGUUCGGUUGGUUUAAAAGUAAAUCUACAAAGGCCCACAGUGGAAUCGGUGCUGCGGCCACAAACCCAAACCAUUGUUAAUACAGCCAGCCUGCCAAGGCAGAAUAAUAAACGUUUUACCACACCCAAUCCCUCCACCACUCCCUCUCCCAUUAUCCCCGGGCCCCAAUUGCUGCGAUCCACCUCAACCAAACGGGAGGACAGGGAAACUAAAUCCAUGAUUGUGGUAAAUGGUGGCAGUCCCAUUACCCCAGGGCCCCAAUUGCUGCGAUCCACCUCCAUCAAGCGUGAAGAAAAGGAAUCACAAGAAACCACCACCAACCCUGCACCCUUUGGUCAAAACACCCUACGGCGCACUGGGUUCAAAGAGAAAAUCCUGGCCCAAGAGGAACAGAAGAAGCAACAGGAAGAAGAGGAGAAAGUCAUAAAAAUUAGCAGCUCUGCCACCAAACCUCCUCUAAGUGCCAAAUUACAUUUAAAUUUACAAAAGUCAACAUCCAUCACGGUUACCAAUGGAGGAGGAGAAGGCAGCGGAAGCAGCAGUGUGGCCACUACACCCACUCUAAAACCCAAACCUCAGACACCAAAAACCGCACCCGUGUUAUCAACAACAACACCACCACCUCCCAUUGUGGCCUCCAAGCCACCCAUACCCCCACCCAUGUUAAUGAGUGUCAAUUUGAAGCCGGUGACCGCGGUGAGGUCCCCCCUACCAGCUGAUCAUCCCCGAGAUCAAUUAAUGGCAGCCAUAAGGAAUUUCAAAAGAGAUGAUUUGAAAAAAUCGUAA